CCCCUCUUCCUCCCCGGACAUCGCAGCAGGCAUGGGCUGUUUCUGCGCGGUCCCGGAGGAAUUUUACUGCGAAGUUUUGCUCUUGGACGAGUCCAAGCUGACCCUGACCACCCAGCAGCAGGGCAUCAAGAAAUCAACGAAAGGGUCGGUUGUCCUGGGCUACGUAUUUCGUCACUUAAACCUAGCGGAGAUAGAUUACUUUGGACUGCGCUACUGUGACCGAAGUCAUCAAACGUACUGGCUAGAUCCUGCAAAGAGCCUUGCUGAACAUAAAGAAUUGAUAAACACUGGACCACCAUACACCCUGUAUUUUGGCAUUAAAUUCUAUGCAGAGGAUCCAUGUAAACUUAAAGAAGAAAUUACAAGGUAUCAAUUUUUCUUGCAGGUCAAGCAAGAUGUUUUACAGGGCCGUUUGCCUUGUCCAAGCAACACUGCAGCACAGCUGGGAGCAUAUAUAAUUCAGUCUGAGCUGGGGGACUAUGACCCAUAUAAGCACACUGCAGGUUACGUCUCGGAGUACCGCUUUGUUCCAGACCAGAAGGAAGAGCUGGAGGAAGCCAUAGAGCGGAUACACAAAACUCUGAUGGGUCAAGUUCCUGCUGAGGCAGAAGUGAACUUUUUAGGGGUGGCCAAGUCCCUGGAAAUGUAUGGAGUGGAUCUCCAUCCUGUUUAUGGUGAAAACAAAUCUGAAUACUUUUUAGGAUUAACACCCAUAGGAGUUGUUGUCUACAAGAAUAAAAAACAAGUAGGAAAAUAUUUCUGGCCUAGAAUUACAAAAGUUCACUUCAAGGAAACACAGUUUGAGCUUAGAGUUCUUGGAAAAGAUUGCAAUGAAACUUCCUUCUUUUUUGAAGCACGUAACAAGAUAACAUGCAAACAUCUCUGGAAAUGCUGUGUGGAGCAUCAUAUGUUCUUCAGAGUGCCAGAGAAUGAAUCAAACUCUCUGUCAAGAAAAUUCAGCAAGUUUGGAUCCAUAGGUUAUAAACAUCGGUACAGUGGCAGGACAUCUUUGCAAAUGACCAGAGACCCUUCCGUGCAGCUCCCGCGGCCUGACCAGUGCAUUGAAAGAAGUCGCAGUAAGACUUACCCCAAAAGAACACAGCAGACAGGAUCUAAGACCAUGAGCCAGAUUACUACAAAUGGGGAAAAUGAAGGAACUACCAAAAUUAUUGCACCUUCCCCAGUGAAAAGCUUUAAAAAGAUGAAAAAUGAAAACAGCCCAGAAACACAAAGAAGUAAAACAAGCGCACCAUGGGAGGAAAAUGGCCCACAGAGUGGGCUGUAUAAUUCUCCCAGUGACCGCAGUAAAUCGCCAAAGUUUCCUUACUCUCGGCGGCGCAACCCAUCAGGUGGCAGUGAGAAUGAGUCUGAGCAGCCAGUCCGGAGGAGGAGAAAUCAAAACAGUGGCGAAGAUUCAGAUUUAAAGCAAAGGAGAAGAUCACGAUCUCGCUGUAACACCAGCAGUGGCAGUGAGUCAGAAAAUUCCAGCAGAGAGCAUCGGAAGAAAAGAAACAGAUUACGGCAAGAGAAUGACAUGGUUGACUCAGCUCCUCAGUGGGAAGCUGUGUUACGGCGACAAAAGGAGAAAAACCAGGCAGACCCAAACUACCGGCGAUCCAGGCACAGAUCUCGAUCGAGAAGCCCAGAUGUGCAAGCUAAAGAAGAACUUUGGAAACAUAUUCAGAAGGAGCUUGUGGAUCCAUCUGGCCUGUCUGAAGAGCAAUUGAAAGAAAUUCCGUACACUAAAAUAGAGACUCAAGGUGACCCGAUCCGCAUUAGGCAUUCACAUUCCCCUCGAAGCUACCGCCAGUAUCGGCGGUCCCAGUGCUCUGAUGGUGAAAGAUCUGUCCUGUCUGAAGUGAAUGCGAAAACUGAGCUGGUGCCUCCACUGCCUAUUACACGACCUUCAGAUGCGAGAGGUCCCAGCAUCCAGUUGACUCAACAGAGACAGAACGGAUCUAAAGACAGCUUAAUAGAAGAAAGAUCUCCACUAUCCACUAACAACAUUGAUGGAAAACCCACCACUAAGAUCAUAAAAACUGUACAGGUAUCAUGCUUUAAGGUGGAGACUUGACUGCCAUAACUGAAGAUGGUGAAUAUAUUUUCUUCUUUGGAAACUGAGAAUUUGUGUGUGUGCGCAAGGAAAGAAACUGAAGUCUACGUGGUAGCAAUUUUUUUGGGACACUCAGAAGGGCAGCCUGCUUGCUGGGAAGGCCAAGCAAUUCUUUUAUUACUGACACCAUUCUAGUGUUGUGACUCAUUGAAGAGAAGCUGCCUAAUUAGACAACCAAAAAGAAAAGUCAUAGCAAAAUUGUAUCAUCAGCAGUUACAUUUCCAAAAAAUGAACAAAAAAGAAUUUUCUGCAACAAAACAGGCUUGAUGGUCUGCUCUGUAGCCGAAUAGCCUUUUUCCAAAAAAUGACUGUUAACUGACAUGAUCAGGACCAGAUGAUUCAAGAGAAGUGAAAUAGUCAUGGUUUUGGCCAAUUGUGCAAUACAGUGUGAUAUGGGGAGAAUUAUCUUGACAAUUUUAUAUUAUGGGGAUCAACUUGUGUCCUGAGACACAAGGACUGAUGGCUAUUACAAGGUUUAUUUUAGCCUAGAGCUCUUACAAGGUUUAUUUUAGCCUAGCACAACAACAGAUGCGCAUGUUGUUAAUACAAAUGUUGAGUCGACCAGCUUUAGCUCAGAAAUAGUAGACUUGGUAACACCCUGUAGCAGAGAGUUCCAGAGGUGAUACAGACUUACUUUCCCGUGGCAGUUUUAAGUGUUCUCGAUUUUGAAUGCUCUUUUAGAGGCAACAGAGGGGCUAUUUAAUUGAACAUUCCAUACCAUAGAAAUACAUCUGUCACCUUAUAUUAAACCACACUGGAAAAAAACUGGAAAAUAUGUACUGACCCACUGUAUUAAGACUGCUUAGCAAGGCACUUAAGUACUGGUUAACUGAAACUUCUGGAGUAGGAUGUAAGACAGCUAGCAAAUAGCCUUUUUUUUUUUUUUUUUACUAUCUAGAUUAGCAAAGGCUGCCUUAAUCUCUUUUUAUAUGAAAUAAUCAAUGGUAGUACCUUGUGAUACUUUUCUCUGAGCCAUUUCUACUAUGAUAAAAUGACAAAGGCAGUAUUUCAGGUAUAAUUGCAAUUUUUUUCUAUUGACAUGGUAGGAAUAGUAAGUUUAAAUGAUGCUGCACACUGAGUGGGUUAUCUUCUAGAACAUAUCUGAAGUGAUGCCUGGCUCUUCACUUGCCUUAUCACUUUGUGCAAAUAGAUGAAAGUAGUUCCUCUGCCUCCCAUUUGUCCACAGUCAGCACACAGAUAAGACUAUUGUUGUUGCUAACUUAGUAAGUUAAUAAGAAGCUUAGCAAAAUCUUUGUAUUGUGAAAGUAACCUUUCCUAACUGUAAUCCCCAAACUAAAUAUUGACUUUGUCAGACAACAUUGGAAAUGGCUGUAGUAGCUCAUAUGCCUUUAUACUUCGGUCCUUCUUAAACUCAACCCACACUGCCUUCAGUGAUUUGCAGUGAUCCUGUGACUUCUUCCCCUAGCAACACCAUACCAGGGGACUGCAGCCCUGUCAGAAAAGCACGAUUGAGAACUGGAGUGAGAAUAAGGCAUCAAAGUUAUGCUUUACAAGAUGUAUGGAAUUACUAAUACUCAUUUUAACUUAGCAAAACUGAGAAGAAUUUUAUUUUCCACUUAAAUUUUUGAUUCUUUAUUGUUUCAUGAUCUGAGGUGGUCAGGUGGAUGCUACUUGCCAGGGUAGCCAUACAGUUUGUGUAUUCCUGCCAUAGUAUGGAUUGGUCUGCAAGUUGGGAGAUGCUGCAUCAUGUCAGGAGAGGCAGAUUCACUUAAUAAAUACUUUUCUUUGAUCACUUAUUUUGGUUCUUCUUCAGUCUCAGUGAACAAAUCUAAUGGAAAGAAAGAGCUUAAAACCCCUCUGUGACAAAAAUUCUGUUUUCAUUGAGGUUCUUCAGCAUUUUCUGGAUUUACUGUGGAUUUCAUCCUAGGACAUUUUUGGCCUUGGCUUGAAGUAUUUCCUCAAACUAAGUCUCUUAAAUAGUUUCAUUAUCAUUGCUCCAAUUUAAAGUUAUCCUUUUGGAUCUAUUUAUGACCUUGUACGAUAUUCCCACAAGCAGCAGUUAAAAAAAAACAAGCCAAAAGAAAAAAAAAAAAACAAAACACCCAAAACCCCACCAAGCACACACACAAAACCCCCCAUCACCGUGGCAAAGAUUUAGAGAUUAAUCUAGAGCAUCACAAUCUUUUGGAAGACUACUGAAAUAAAACAAACCACACUGGUUAAAGUGUCUGCAGUGAAUGUGAUUUCUUCAAGAAGGUGUUCCAAACUGGGCCAUUAUACACCUGCUUGUAGUUUGUUGCUAAGUCAUUACCAUUAUUCUGCAUUCCUCAGGCACAGGCACGGAGAACAUAGUUACUAUUUUAGGAGGAUUUCUGGUGUUAUUAUUUUGAAAAUCAUCUGUACAUAGUGUGCAUAUCUUACCAAUUCUCAAAUAUUGAUCAGGAAGAAAAUAACUUCUAAGGUUUAUAUCCAACCUCAUGUUUUCCUGCAUAUUGUCAUUUGCCUAUGCUUUUGUGUAAUAUUGCCGGAUACCAUCAGCCAAGCCUGUGGUAUUUCACUUUUCCCACAACAUCAGAAAAUAAGCUUCUAUCUAGUCUGAUAGUGAUAGGAUUCAGUUAACAAGUCACGGGAGAGUUGUUUUGUAAUUUAGCCAACUUUUUUUUGCAUUUAAAUGAGAAAUUUACAGAAAGAGCCCUGGUUUUGAGUUAGACAUCUUCUCGCCAACGACAGUAUAGGAAGCAGGUUUUAGCAAGACUCAUGCUCAGUCUGGGGCACUACAAUACUAUUUUGUAUCCACAAAAGAAUGCCUAAUGCCUGUAUUGCACAUUGUCAGUGCCAGAACAAGGCAAAAUUUGGACAAGGACGUCACUGUCAGCUGGUAGUACAGUAAAAGAAACUUCUUUCAUACACGAGCCCCCUUUCCCUUCAAGCUUCUCUUACUCAGUCAUCUGAGGAAAGGCCCCCUUUCUUCUUAUUUUUAUGAGAGAGAAAGUGAUCAAUCACUGAGGACAGUGUCACAGUAUGCUCUGUAGCCCUAAACCAGCCCUACAACAUCUGUAAGUGGCUGGUCUCUUACAGCUCUGAGCUACAUCUUGCUCUUUCCACUGUUGCUACUCUUCCCCAGCUUUCUUAGGGCUCUUACUGCCUAGAGGCCGUUGUUUUCAGACCCAAAGUUUGGGUGUCAGUUCAAAACGCUUUUACCUUAGUUGAGUCAGACAAGACAGGAAACGUACAACCGCGUCAGGCAAAGUUUACCCUGGGGUUGGAUGUCAUACAGACCUGUCCUCACAUGGUCAAAGGGCUGCUAUUUGAGACGUUCUCACCCUAGUUCUGUGUCUAAUUUGCUGAAUUGAUCUCAGGCCAACAAUUUUAACUUUGUGCCUCUGCGUUUACCUUUUCUGAGACUUGCCUAAGUGCUAAGAAUAGGUAAGUUAUGGAACUCACUUACUAAUUAGCAACACCUACAACAUAAAGAUACACCUCUUUGCAAAACAUGUGUUUUAUACAAUAAAGAGGGCUUGCUAACCACACCACAAAAGUGGUUUUUAUAUAAUCCAUAUAGGUCCCCUUGCUUGUUAGCUGGUUUCUUUCAUUUGGAGCCAGCCUUGACCUGCUGUUCUCUACACUGCACUUCUUACCAAUAUCAACUGAACCUGCAACUCAUAUUCUAAUCGAGUUCAUUAUAAUGAUUUUGGUUAGGAAAAAAAUUACCCAACAGCCAUUUAAGUUGCCAAAUCAGUUGUCUUUAUACAGGUGAAUAUUGAACUGAAUAGACGACAGAUUUUCUUUUGGGGAAACCUGUUUUAAUUCAAAGCUCCCUAGAAAGAUGUUUGAAAACAACAUACACAAACAUCAAAGUGAUGCAUAUGUUCUAUGUAGAUUAAGUAUUCAGGAAGCGACUGCAUACUUUAUUUUAAAUGGAGUUUGAUAGAUGGCUGUGCCAAUACUUGUGUCCAGGUUAUUUAAAAGUCAAGUAAAACUUGAAUUUUUAGGGCA